CAGUGCCCCCGCGGGUGCCCUGGUGGGUGUGGGAUCCUCCCACGCUGUGCAUUGAUACAUCCCGGAACAGUGUCAGGGCAGUGCCAGGACAGUGCUGGGACCGUGCCAGGAAUGGGUCAGGACAGUACUUGGACCAUACCGGGACCUGGACUGUACUGGGACAGUACCUGGACUGUACCGGGACCAUACCUGGACCGUACCGGCACCGGGACAGUACCUGGACCACACCCGGACCGUACCGGGACAGUACCUGGGCUGUACCGGGACCAUACUUGGUCCGGACAGGGACCGGGACAGUACCGGAUCGUGCCCCACACGCCGCCCAGGUUCCCUGCGAUCCUAUCCCGCUCCCAUUCCCGGGAGUCCCCGUUCCCGGGGCCGGGCGGGGCGGCCACUGUCCCCGCCCCGGGGCGCUCCCGCCGCUUCCUGCGGGCACGACCGGGACGGGGCGGGACGGGCUGGGGCGGCGGCGGCGGGAGCGGAGCGCGAGCCGCCCUGUGCCCCGCCGGUGCCAGGCGAUGCCGGGAUGCCAGUGCCCGCUUGCCCACAGCGCCCUGCCCUGAGCCCGGAGCCCGGCUGUGCCAUGGAGGAUCCGGCCGGUGCCGUGACCGAGCCAUGGGCCGAGGGGCUCCACAACACCAACAACAACGCGGCCCCGGGGGGGUGGCCGGGUGCCCGCAGCGGGCACCCCCUGGCACCUUUCGGGGGUCCUGGGGCCAAGCCCAGCUACCUGGACCGCGUGGUGCUGGAGAUUGUGGAGUCGGAGCGCACCUACGCCCGCGACCUGCGCAGCAUCGUGGAGGGUUAUCUGGGCAAGAUCAUCGACGCGGAGGAGCCGGUGCUGCGGCCGGAGCAGGUCAGCGCGCUCUUCGGGAACAUCGAGGACAUCUACGAGCUCAGCAGCACCCUCCUGCAGAACCUGGAGAGCUGCGCCAGUGACCCUGUGGCCGUGGCCGUGUGCUUUGUCACCCGGAGCCAGGAAUUCACCAUCUACACCCAGUACUGCAACAACUACCCCAGCUCGGUGGCAGCGCUGGCCGAGUGCAUGAGGAGCAAGGUCCAGGCGCGUUUCCUGCGGGAAUGCCAGGAGCGGCUGCGGCACGCGCUGCCCCUCGGGGCCUACCUGCUCAAGCCCGUCCAGAGGAUCCUCAAGUACCACCUGCUGCUCCAGGAGAUCGCCCGGCACUUCGAGCACAAGGCGGGGGACGACUACGAGCUGGUGCUGGAGGCCAUCGACACCAUGACCUGCGUCGCCUGGUACAUCAACGACAUGAAGCGCAAGCACGAGCACGCCAUCCGCCAGCAGGAGAUCCAGUCGCUGCUGCUGGGCUGGAAGGGGCCGGACCUGACGAGCUACGGGGAGCUGGUGCUGGAGGGCACCUUCCGGGCGCAGCGGGUGCGCCACGACCGUGCCCUCUUCCUCUUCGACAAGGCCCUGCUCAUCACCAAGCGCCGCGGGGACCACUACGUGUACAAGAGCCACAUCCCGUGCUCCUCGCUGAUGCUGAUCGAGAGCACGAGGGACUCGCUGUGCUUCAGCCUGGCGCACUACAAGCACGGCAAGCAGCAGCACAGCCUGCAGGCCAAGAGUGUGGAGGAGAAGCGCAUGUGGACCCACCACAUCAAGCGGCUCAUCCUGGAGAACCACCACGCCACCAUCCCCCAGAAGGCUAAGGAAGCCAUCCUGGAGAUGGACCUGUUCUACCCCCCGCGCCUGCCCCGCUGCAGCCCCGAGCGCCUGAAGAAGAGCUGGUCCUGCCAGCCCCUGGGUGACGCUGCCACCGAGCCACUCCAGGGACGCCGGCAGUCCGAGCCCUUCCAGCACCAGGAGCACAUGGAGACACUCCUGGAACGGCUGCAGGGACACGGGGGGCGCAGGCAGUCGGGUGCGAAUGGCAGCAAGGCUCGGGGGCCUCGGGGUGCUGACAAGUUUGGGGACACAGGGGUGAUGCCACUGUCACCUCACCUCCCCACAGAGCCCUCCAAGCACAACCUGUGGCACCUGGGUGAGCAAGGGCUGAAGCAUUCUGGCAGCGACGGGGCACUCCUGGAAGGGGGGGAGCCCCCCCAGCACCCCAGAGCCUGGGCGGCAGCUGAGGGCAUGGUGGAGGAGGAAGAGGAGGAGGAGGGAGAGGAGGCUUUGGGCAAGGACUGCCAGGAAGAGCUGCCUGAGGCUGGGAAUCGGCUGGUGGAGCCCCAGGAAGAGCAGGCCGUGGGGCACUCACGGGUGCUGGAGGGACCCAAACGGCCGAGCAGCUGGGGGCCAGGGAGCUGUGAGAAGGUCAGUGCAGCCCUGCAGCCCCCACCUGGGGGUCCCCAGGGACCCAGCACCCACUCACCCGCUGGCAGCUCCGGGGAGCACCGUGAGGUGCCAGAGGCACCCAAAUCCCCGUCCCCGGCGGGGCCCCCGGCGCUGCCCAGUGGGGACAGGGAGCCGGAGCGCGCUGCGGAGGAUUUGCAGGUGCUGAGCAGCGAGGAGGAGGAGGAGGAGGAGGAAGAGGAGGAGGAAGGAGCUGCCAGCAUCCUGCCGCCGUCGGUGCUGGACCAGGCCAGCGUCAUCGCCGAGCGGUUCGGCGGCGGCAGCAGCCUGUCCCGGCGGAGCAGCCUGGCACUGGAGGGGCCGCUGGGACGUGCCCCCAGCCACGGCGGCAGCACCCUCAGCCUGGACGGGGGCCCCCCGCUCGAAUCCGGGGAGCCCGGGGGCUCCUGCAGCACCAUCCCCUCGCCCGAGCCCUUCGCCAGAGCCCGCCGGGAAUCGCUGCUCUCCAACCGGGACCGCCUGCUCCUCGACAAGAUCAAGAGCUACUACGGCAACGCCGAGCACCGCGACGCCGGUUUCGGGGUGCGCCGCCGCGAGAGCCUCUCCUUCAUCCCCAAGGGGCUGGUGCGCAGCUCCGUGUCCCGCCUCAAUGGGCUCCCGCGGCCCCCCGGCAGCCCCGAGCCCCCCGCGCAGCCCGAGGCGCCGGAGCCGUGCCAGGAGAACGGGGUGCAGCCCCCCGAGCCGCUGCUCAUCCUGGAGGAGGAUGAUGUGGGCGCCGGGGGGUCACCCCCGGCGCCGCCCCCCCAGCUGCUGCUGACCCCCCCUCACCUGGGCACCAAGGUGUACCAGCUGGCACGGCAGUACAGCCUCCGCAUCAAGAGCCGCCGCGCCGGCGCCCGCCGGCCCCCGCUGCCGCGGGAGGACGGGGACCCCCCUCCCAGCACGCCCUCGCCGGCUGCGCCGCGGGACGGAGGAGGGCUGGCGGUGCGCCCGUCCCCGUGUCCCCCCCGCAGCCCCUCGAGCCCCAUGGGUGCCGAGCCCUUCGCCUGGCCCGACGUGCGGGAGCUCCGUGCCCGUUUCGGCGCCCCCCGGCCCCCGCCCGUGAGCCGCAGCCGUUCGGCGCCCGAGGGUCCCGUUCGGGGCGGGCGCCCCGUCGGGAAGGAGCGCGGCGGCGGCGGCGGCCGGAGCCGGAGCGCCGAGGCCAACGGGGGGUCCGACAGCCGGAGCCCGGCACCGGCGAGGCACAGCAGCGACGGGGCGCUGUGGGUGGCGGCAGAAGCCCCCCUGGGCCCCGGGCAGCGGGUGCUGGUGCUGGAGCGGCUGCCGGAGCCCCCCACGUACGUGCAGAUCCGCUCGCCCACCACCCGCGAGAAGAUCUGCCUGAAGGCGGUGGUGGAGCGCUGCAAAGCCUACCAGGCUUCCGAGGAGUACCGGCGGCGCUGCCCCGAGCCUCCCGACACCCCCGAGCCCCCCCGCCACGGCCUCGUCAGGGACCUCCGGCAGAAGUUUCAGAGCCUCGACUCUGCCAGCUAGGA